AGAGGUGGACCCCUCCCGUAGGGAACGCGCACAUAAAACCCUGCCUAAAACCCAUAAGAAGCGCUGCCUCACUGCUGCAACUCCUCCCUGUGCCUCCUCUCCAUCUCUUUUUCCUCUUCAUACUCACGGUCGCGGCUGUUCGAUUUUGCGUCAAAUCCCUCAACAGAAGAGAAGAGAGAAAUGGCGGGGCUUGUACCUCCAGGUACCGCGAUUCCAGCCGACGCAUCCAAGACGGCGCAUACGAAAGCUGACGAGAAAAUCGAUUACAUGAAUCUCCCAUGCCCUAUUCCUUAUGAAGAGAUCCACCGCGAAGCUCUCAUGUCUCUGAAGCCAGAAACUUUUGAAGGAUUACGAUUUGAUUUCACCAAAGGGCUAAAUCAGAAAUUCUCACUCAGUCACAGUGUGCUUAUGGGCCCAACAGAACUUCCUUCUCAAUCUGGUGAAACCAUUAAAAUUCCUACUGCUCACUAUGAAUUUGGUGCCAAUUUUAUUGACCCAAAUUUGAUGCUUAUAGGGAGGAUGCUGACUGAUGGUAGACUCAAUGCAAGAGUGAAAUGGGAUUUGACUGACAAUCUAACCGUGAAAGCUAAUGCCCAGCUCACAAAUGAGCCUCAUAUGUCACAUUGCAUGGUCAACUUUGAUUACAAGGGUAAAGAUUAUAGGUCUCAGUUUCAAAUGGGAAAUGCUGCUUUAUUUGGAGCUAGUUAUAUCCAGAGUGUGACACCACAUUUAUCCUUGGGUGGUGAAGUAUUUUGGGCUGGUCAGCACCGAAAGUCGGGCGUUGGUUAUGCUGGCCGAUAUGAAACAGAUAAGAUGGUUGCCACAGGGCAAGUUGCAAGUACUGGAAUGGUUGCUUUGAGCUAUGUUCAGAAGGUAUCUGAGAAGGUUUCUCUCGCAACAGAUUUCAUGUAUAACUACAUGUCAAGAGAUGUAACAGCAAGUGUUGGCUAUGAUUACAUCCUUAGACAGAGUCGCUUGAGGGGAAAGAUUGAUUCAAAUGGAUGCACUGCUGCUUAUCUGGAAGAGCGGUUAAAUAUGGGCCUAAAUUUUAUUCUCUCUGCGGAGAUAGAUCAUAAGAAGAACGACUACAAAUUUGGAUUUGGAUUGACUGUAGGGUGAUUCAAUUUCCACGUAAAAGCAGUUGAAGAAGUUUCUUGUGUUUCCAUUUAGCAUGUGGUUGAAGAUUAAAGAAUUGAGUUUGUACUGGAAACUGAUGUUUAUUGGCGGGGCAGCAGGAGCUGCUGGAGCUAUUUUAACAGUUGUUGGUAUCGAUUUGGCCGGUUUAGAGCUUCCCGUUUUGACUUUAGAGCUGUAGCAUUUGUUAAGAAAUUAAUGCAAUUUGAGAUGUUUGUUACUCUAAUAAUAAUAUUCAGAAUCCAAACAGCUUGUGACCUGAGAUGAAGGCAUAAAAGUUG